GGCUGUUUCCCGCCAUGCCGGAGUUGGAGCAGCAGAAGAAGAAUCAGACCGGAAACUAAACAGAGCGGCGGAGCAGCGCGCGGCGGAAGAAGGACUUUAAUCUGUUUGAAAGUAAACAACAACAAACAAAGUGCCAGCAUUCCUCCUCAGGCUCAUGGACCCUCCACCUGAAACUCUCACCUGGUUACCAUUGGUUACAGCAUGGAGUACUCUUAUUGGACAGUUUACUCACUGACUGCACUGCAUCCAGAGCUCCAGUCAGCAGCAGGAUGUCAGACUCCUCUGAUGAAGAUGACCAGAGAAAGGUGGAGUCUACCAGCAGGAUGUGGGCGGAGUCUCAGCCAGGUCCAUCCAAGUGUCAGCCCAGCAGACAGGGUUACUGUGGAUACUGUAGAAUCCUCUACAGCAACCUGGACCAGCACCUGUCCAGUCUCAAACACCUGGACUCUGUCCGGGCGUCCUCCCGAGGCUCCAGCACCAUCUCCUCCACCAGCAGCAGCAGAACCAAACUAACCCUGUUGGAGCGCUUCCUGCAGGAUGUCCUUCAGCACCACCCACAUCGUUACAAGGACCUCAGACCGUCACACGCUGACCUCCCAUCAGUCUCCGCCCCUCCUCUGCCAAGGGAGGAGCUUGAUGAAAUCUGCUUCUCUGACAAUGACAACCAGUCGCUGGGAACCCGUGAACACCUGCCCAGCUCUGACAACGCCUCCUGUCAGCCGACCUGUCAGGAAGAGGGCUGCACACACAGCCAAGCAGACGAGGGGGCUAUUCAACAGAGGGUGUCUGCACCGGUCAGAGAACAGGAGGAAGAGGGGGCCGCCCCCAUAGGGCACACCCACCCGCCACACGUGCAGCCCCUGCCCCCACACAUUCAGGCACCGCCCCCACAUGUUCAGGCCCCGCCCCCGGUCCACAGGAAGGCCCACAGAAAGACAAACAGGAGGAAAGCCAGUGAGUCCUCCUCCUCACCACCCCUCAGGGCUCCAGACCCCAACCCUUGUCCAGACCCUGGUCUUUGGGCCACCUCAAACCUGAGGCCUUGCAGGGAUCCUGGCCCCAGCCCUGAUCUGGACCCUGGUCCCAGGGUCUUGUCUGACCUGGAGCCUGACCCCAGGGCCUCCUCGGACCUGAGGCCCUGGCUGAGCUGGCAGAAGGAGAGAAGAGAGGUUCAAAAAGAGGAGACAUUCUCUUCGGACCACAGUGACCCUCUCGACCGGACCAUUGAGAAGGUGAUAAAGAUGUGUUGUUAUGGCGUCACUUCCACUUCCUGCCAGCAGGAGGAGACAGACAGCUUCCACUUCAGCCUUCCUGUUUCCAUGGAGACACAGAGUGAUGACUGGGACUCACCUGUGCAGCAUGACACACUGCUCGCACACACUCCUGUCCAGGUGAGCCAUGUGGACGAGCAGGACCUCAGCCGUCUGAUGGAUGUUCAGGUGGACCUGGAGGACCAGGUGUACUCAUACCAGCUCGACUCUGCCCUCCGUGGCGAGCGGCGAGCAGGUGACGGAGCCAAGCAGAAGGAGGGUUUCUGGACUCUGCCGAUAGAGGAGGUGCUGCCAGCCCCGGCACACAUCCCAGAAUCCUUCAGGGGGAAGACCUGGACCCAAAUCGAACAGGAGGACGAGGAGAAGGUGGAAAGACUGGUUCGGCAGUUUAGACGGGACAGAUUCAUCUGCUACUUCGACAGCGAAUCCUUGGCCAGGUAUGGUAGGCGAAGUCAAAACAAGAAGGGCCGAGCUGAGAACCAAGAGGUGGAGCCAGAUGGUGGCGCGCUGCCCUUAUUGGACGGUGAUGAAGAUGACUCUGCAAAUGUCAGGAGGAGGAGGAGGAGGCGGGCCUUCAGAGUGGCAUCCAGGUGUCAGGUGGUCAAAGUGAGUCACAGCACUCAGACCGUCCGAUUGGUUGUCCCAGCUGUCUGUCAGCCACCUGCGGAAGCUCCUCCCACCAGCAUCCCUAGAGCCAAUCAGGAUACAGCAGAGAGGACUCCUGAUGUUAAGACGUGGCGUUGCCUCCCUCCUUCAUACUCAAACAUUGUUACACCUCUGCAGCCUCGCACCUCUCUGGUCUAUCUGCUCUGCUCGCCCUCAAGCCCCGCCCCGACCUGCACACCUGCAGCUAAGCGCUGCAGGAAGAAGAGACGUCCACUGGACCUGCAGGGGUUAAUGGUCAAAUACAAACAACUUCCUGUCAGGUUCUACGACCCCAGCAGCAACCGCAUCCUCAAGAACCCACCCAAAGGCUUCCUGUGGCGAAGAGGCACCGCCCCCUCCAGCCUGCCGCCAUCGUGUGUCCGCCAGUUGUUCAGAAGUCUGAGUCCUGACCUGAAUGCCGAUAGGCCGCCAGGAGAGGCUAACAGUUUCCUCCUGAGCACGCUCAGUAGAGACUCAGCACAGACAGACAAACAGGACACGGCCAGAACACGGGUCAUGAAUCCUCAAGCCCCACCUCCUUCACCUCACAACAGGUCAGAACGGGGGAGGGGCAGAAAGAGGGACAGGACGCGCUCCCUAGUCUCCAAGAGGAGAACCAGGGCUCAGGCCACGCCCCUGCAGCCCAGGAGAGAAGGCUUGCGACGAGCAGGACCCAGCAGGAGGGUCCCCGACUCGACAGGCCCGCCUUAUUCCCCCCCACCCCGCCGAGGGAGGGCUCGCAGGGGGCGGGGCUGCGACAGGAGCCGCAGGUAGCAGAGCACCUGGUCAGGUAAUGUGAUACCUGGCCAGGUAACAGCCUCCCUUUUAAACAGAUAACAGAUUGCUUCCAGGCGGCAGUCAGGACGUUAAAUGAUCAAUCAUUUUUGAUCAGGUAAUUAAACUUGAUUGCUGAUUGAGUCUGUUUAUAAAAGAGGCUGCUAGGCUUUAAUGAACUCCAUGUGGAAGUCUGUAGACUUUGAUAUUGAAAUUAAAUCCUCAACCUGAAAAAGUCAUUUUACAUUUGUGUGCAAAUGAGAAAAGGAAACAUUUGAGGCUAAAGAUGUUAAAAUGUUUAUUUUGUUUUCCAGUUUGAUAUUUUCUGGUUCAUGAUUUGAACUUUGACACUUUCAGUUUCAAACACGAGCAGCUUUUUAAUUCUUUAUCAAACAUCAUGAAAUAAAAUUAAUUAUAAGAUCCAACAUUUAAAUGUUAUCAUGGUGAAAAUAGAUACAUUUACAUUUUGUCUUCAAACUGUAGAACUUUGUUUCAUGUCAUGUUUGAUGAGAGUUUUUAAGUUUUUAUUCUUAUACACAUAAAAUUAACAUAAGAUUUAAUGUUUUUAGUGAGUUCUUAAUCACAAGAAUUAAAACUGAAUGUGUUCAUGCACACAAAUGGAAAAUGAAAUAUUUGAUUCUGAUGUUGGCAGCUGAACGUCUCCACAUGAACACACCUGAAGCCUGAGUGUCAGGUGAGACGUCCUUCAGGUACUGUUGUUGUCUAUUAAUGUCUGCAGUUUUUAUACAUUUACACUUGUUUAUUCAAAUAUUUAAAGAGCUCAUGUUGAAUAAACAACUUUUAUAAACUGAA